CUUGCAGGCUAUGUCGGAAAAGUCUAGCGAUGAUUCUCAGCCUCCACCAGCCAAGAAGAUGUUUGCCUUUCGGCAAUCAGCAUUGUCUGCGAAAGCCGAUCAACUAUGGAAUCAGAGGAAAUCAGGCUUUGGUUUUGGCGUCACCCCGUCUACACAUGUACAGUUAGAGAAGAAAUCGUUGGAUGAUGUUCUUGGACGAAUGGCUGCGGAGAAGAAGCAACGUGAAGAGAGAGAAGGAAAAGGCCAACCACUAUUUGUCUUUGGAUCAAAAAUAUCUGACAGGGUUGUCAAGGAGAAUCCAUCGGCAUCUUCCAAUGGGAAGGCAGCUGAAGGAGAUUCUGAAGAUAAACCUAGGACUGCUGAAGAAUUGUUCAAAAAUGCUGCUCAACAAGAUUACCCGCAAGAACGACAUGAUUUCAUUGCUGAAGCCAAGGAGGCGGCGGAAAAGAAGAAAGAGCAUGACAAGCCUAGCACAAGCGUAGUUGCAGUCAUGACUGGGGAGGAGAACGACAUUAAUAUAUUUCAGACUGCUUGCAAAUUACAUUCAUUUGAUAAAGAUAAGAAGACAUGGGUAGAGAAAGGACUCUCUCAAAUUCGCAUUAACCAAAGAAAUGAAGAUGGAGAGGUGCACCAUCGCAUUGUAGCGCGAACUACGGGUAAUCAUCGAGUUGUGAUCAACUCCAGAAUUCACGCUGAUAUGCUUUUCGAUCGAGUCGAUUCAAAGCGGUUGAAAAUCAGCGCUACAACGCCGGAUUCGAAUGGAAUGCAGAUAUUUUUAGUUACCAUUGGUUUUUCUAAAACUGCUUUGAAUAGCGAUGAAUUUUGCACUAUUUUGGAAGGUUUAAUCAAGAAAGAAAAAGCCAACGAGACUUCACGAAAGAGAAAGGCGAGCGAGGAACAUGAUGCUGAUAAAGUUUCCAAGAUGAAAAUAAAGGAAAAAGAAGAGCCAAAAAGUGAAGAAGGUGCAGACAAAAGCUUGAAAGGGAACAGUUCUUCCACUGCGGAGGGCAAUACAGAAACCGAAGAGAAGCCAGUUCAAGAAGACCCAUCAACAGGCGGUACUGAAGCUGAGGAGCACAAAGAGUCUCCUGAAGUGAAAGAACGACCGGAGAUUACAGAAGAAACCUCAGCGCCUUCAGGAUAACGUGGAAGUCUUUUUCAACAGUUAUAUUUUAC